GCUGCAGCAAAAGCCUUUUCCACAUUCCACUUUGAGAUCAUCACCAGAUGUCGCGAGCUUCACUGAAAGAUGAGGAGAAACUAUCCAGUAACUCCUUCCUCAGUCCUGAGUCGGUCUCUCAGAAGCAAACAGGACGGAAACGGCCUACUCUUUUGAAGCGUUUGUCUUCGUCGUCUCUACGUACCGUCUCCACCAAAGACUACAACAACGGAGAGACCAUGCAACCACCUGAAGCUUCCUCCAACAAGGAUGUUAGUGGUGAUGAAGGAUCAAAAAUAGAUUCAAAGGACAAAUUCACACACCAACGAAAGCACAGUAAUACAAUUUCUGGUGGUAUGCCCUCUUACUCCCAUGAGAUUCGAGCACCAUCGACACCUCGUCGCAGCUCUGAUGGACCCCAUUUACAUAUACCUUACCCCACCACCAUCAAUAUCUCUGCACCAACGCCUACUACGGCGACAUUUUCCGAUGAGGUUUUCUCCACGUCCGCGACUGGCCUAACAUUCGAACUCCUCCAAAGCCAAGGAACUCCCUCAAACACCGAUUUCGGCGACGAUUUGGGAAAUAAUAAAGCGCCAACACCUAUUGCGUCCCCUGAACAUUCUAAGGAACCCGUUACUUCUUCUACACCCGCACCUUCAGGCCUUGAUUCAAUGGACUCCAACCGUCCUCGAGGCAUUAGUAUAUCCACCAUUAGUUCCACCACCUCCCUAGGAUCGUCUGGAACUGACUUAAACAGGUCAAUCAGCUUACCCAGCCACGGCAAAAUUGCCACGCGCAGAAAAGCCAAAUCACGAAGAACGUCUUUAGACACCACUACAUCAUCUGAAGGAGGAUUCUCAGCGGCUGGAGGGAGUGUGGCAACCAUAUGUGGACUCGAAAUAGCCAAUGCUAAGAGAAACGCUGAAUUCCAUGCAUUAUUUAGAAGCGUUCCUGAAGACGACAUGCUUAUAGAAGAUUAUGGUUGUGCACUUCAGAAGGAGAUUUUAGUUCAAGGACGUAUCUACAUUUCUGAACAUCAUAUUUGUUUUAACGCCAAUAUUUUUGGCUGGGUGACCAAUCUCGUCCUGGCUUUUUCCGAGAUUGUUUCAGUAGAAAAGAAGAUGACGGCUAUGAUUAUACCCAAUGGGAUACAGAUCUGCACCCUCCACGCAAAGCAUUCGUUUGCAUCGUUCCUUUCUCGUGAUAUGGCGUAUGACCAAAUGAUGGAUGUUUGGCGCGUGGCUCAUCCAACGAAUCCGUCUGUACAAAAGAUGUUACUUGCAGCGGAUAAUAGUACUGCUCAACAUGAAACAUCUUCAGACGAGGAAACCGAUGAUUCGGAUGCGACCCUGAGUGAAGGUGACGAUGAUGACAUUGAUCACACGCGGACGGAAGCAUCACUGGUUGACGCUCUCGGCAUUGCUCAUCCGGUGACAUCCCCUGAAAAGACAGAGAAGAAGGUAGAACCCACCGAAGAGGAGUUGGCUCGCCGAAGGGCCAUUUCAGAUGUUGGACCUCGACCUAAUGGCUUAGCUGCCAAUGUCUCCGUAAAGUCACCAGUCACAUUACCCAAGACGGAGUGCCAAUGUCAACACUCUGGUAGCCAUUACCCCAAUGUGGCAUUGGAUGCUGUCUUCCCUGGUUCCAUCGAGACACUUUAUAAUAUGCUAUUUAAUAGCUCAUUUAUAUCUAAUUUCUUGGUGGAAGGCGAGAAAAGUCAAGACGUUAAUAUCGGCAAUUGGUCUAAGGAUACAGAUAAGAAAGAAACUGUACGCAAAAGCACAUAUAUCAAAUACCUUGGCAUGCCAAUAGGGCCCAAAACGACAAAAUGCCAUUUAGAGGAGAGAUGCUUUGAAUGCGACUUUAACAAGGCCAUCACAGUCUUAACAACCACUCAAACACCAGAUGUUCCUAUGGGCUCAUCUUUUUCAGUUAAGACUAGAGCUUGUAUCACUUCAACUGGAAUGGGAAGCGUACGCUUGCUUGUGACAUUCCAAGUUGAGUUCACAAAGGGAGGUUUCCUUAAAUCAACCAUAGAGAAAGCUUCGUCAGAUGGUCAGAUAACUUAUUAUAAGAACCUCGAAGCCGCUAUGAGAGCAUACAUUACUAGUCACCCUGGAGAAUUCGGACAAGGCCGCAAGAAAAAGCGUGACAAGCAGAGUGGCAAAGUUCGAAAGGUGAAACUGACAAAAGUCUGUGAUGAAUUACCUGAGGACGCCAAGAGAAAGUCACUGGUCAAAGCUACGGAGAACAACUCCAAGGCUUCCUUAUAUCGCGCUUUGGAGGAUUCGAUAUCUGGAAUGGCCACUCUGAGUGCCAACAUCAUCCGAUUUUUCAUUGACCAUGUGGGAAUUCCUUCUAGUGCUCAAAUUACCUUAUUCUUCUUUGGCCUCCUUGUAUUGUCCAACGUCUUUUUACUCAAGAAAAUGUCCAUUGUUGACAAACAACUAUCUGAAUUGUCAUCAACUCAAGGCAUGCACGGUAUUUCUACUAUUGACUUGGAUCAAGAACGAGAACUGUUGUGGCAAUACUUGCAACAAAGAACUCAACACAAGACAAAGGCGCAAGUCAACGUUGCAAAACAAUGGAACAAGCAUGCCAUGGAAAUUCUUCGCAAGAAAGCCCUACUUGAUCAACAAAUCCUGGGUAUCCAAUCUGUCAUUCGCGGAGCAGAAGAUCAAUUAGAUAAAUUGAACCCUAUCACCUCUAAAAACCAUCAUUGAUCUGUUGGGCUCCUGUACGAGACUACUCUUUGAACAUCGUCGCCGUUUACCUGUAUUUCUUAUAUUUUUCUUUUCUUUGAGGCAAGAUGCCGGUUCGUCUGUCCUCUUUCCACCCCUUCCAGUCUUUUGACCAUACCCCCUUCCAAAUCGAUCCAGCUUUUUUGCUUGUGUUUAACGGUAGUAAAGCUGCUCUUCGUUUGAACUUUUAUCUUUCCCUUUCUUUUCAAUUAUCUCUUCUACGAAAGAUAUACCUUGGGUACCACUCUCAUCCCGUAUACCUAUUAUACAUUUACAAUGCACACCCACACACUAUAUAAAUUAUACAUAUCAUCAAAACAACAAAG